AACAAGAAGAGUAAAUAGUGAAAAUAUGCAGCAGACUAUAGUAUACGACCGCCAUGAUGGUAUAUUUAAAAAUAACACCAUACUAAAUAAUUUAUUCUUAUGCCGAAUAACAAUAAUGAAUCAGUCUAUCAAACUCGAUAUAAUGCAUUUGUGAAACAAUUAAUUCAUCAUAUUAAUUUAACAAGAUGGCCAUUUUUGUGUCAUUGUUUAAAUGAAUUCCUUGGAACAACCAUUUUCAUUAUUAUUGGUUCAGGUGUCAUGUUACAAACUUGUAUUGGCUCAAUGGAAAAUAAAGAUGUUGGUCAAUUUCUAUCAAUCUCCAGUGGUUGGGGAAUAGCUAAAAUCACUGGACUUUUAAUAUCGACUGGUGGCGGCGUUGGCGGUGAUUCUCAUCAUCAUCAGUAUGGUUUAUUGAAUCCAGCGUUAACAUUAGCUUGUUGUUUAAUUGGAAAAUUACCAUUUCGUUAUUUGUUACCCUUUAGUAUAUUCCAGCUGUCGGGAUCUAUUUUGGGAACAUUGAUUAUUAUUGGUAUUUAUUGGGAAAAUCUACAAAUCUAUGCAAAAAUUGUAUCAUUUGGUAAAUUAGAAAUGAAUUUCACUGGUGCAUUAUUUGUCACUACAACUAUACCAAGUGUAUCGCAUCAAUCAUGUUUCAUGGAUCAUAUUUUAUCAAGUGGAUUAUUUACUGGAUUAGUGUUGAUCAUUAAAGAGAAACAUUUUUAUAAUAUACCAUUUGAAUUACAAAUUAUUUAUAUAGGAUUAGUAACAACUGGAAUUAUUGGUUCGUUAUCUUUAAAUAUUGGUGUUGCAUUGAAUCCAGCAAGAGAUUUAGGUGCACGAUUGGCAAUUUCAUUAUGUGGUUGGGGUAUUCAACCAUUCAAAGCAAAUAAUUAUUAUUUUUGGUUACCCUUAGUUGGACCAUAUAUAGGUGCAUUGAUUGGUUCAUUUUUUUACGUGAUCGUAAUCAGUAUACAUGUAUCGAAAAUCAAUAAUGAUGAGGAAAUCAAACAAGAGAAUGAUGAAUGCAAUACUACUACUAUCAUAGACAGUACAGUGAAUUAUUUACAAAGUAGUUUAGUAGAAGAAAUGACUGCUGAUUUAUUUGAUAUUAAUGAAGUUGAUGAUUGUUUUACUACUACUACUACUAGUAGUAGUAGUAGUAGUAGUAAUAGUAGUACGCCAACUGAUAGUGGUGAUGAGACAUUGUAUUAAAUUUGAAAAUAUUGAUUAUCAUUUUCUCUCUUGUUAAAUUUACAAACAUAUAUAGUUGAAUCAUUAAAAAUUCACAAUUGAAUCAUCAUUCUCUUGCCCUCCAUGUAAAAUAAUAAAUUUUCUAUAGGAUUUUCAAAUCUAGUGAACAAACAGCAUUCAAUUGUCAAUAUAUUCACAUUAUUAUAAAUGUUUGACAUGCAAAUUAUUUUAAUCAAUACUACUAGAUAAAUUCAUGCAAUUGGCAGUAUUUAAAUGUAUUUAUUGUUUUUGGUGAACUGAAUUGCAUUUUUGUGUCUGUAAUUUUAAAAUGAUGUAGUUUUUAAUGAUUGAAAAUUAUUUUCUAGAAUGAUUAUUUGUUUGUGAAAGUGUUUCUAAUUAUAACAACGAACAAUGGGAUUGAUUAGUUCUAUUUCUACAUUGUAAUAUAAAGUUUCAUUGAAUAUCAAUCAGUGUAUUAUUAUGUAAUUCUAUGCAUUGUAAAUGUAAAUUUUCAUCAUGAACUUAUUGAAUUUGUUUAAUUAUAGAUGAACGUUUUUUGUUUUAAUAGCAACUACUGCUACUACUACUACUACUACUACUACUCCGGUUACUUAUUGGAAAUAAGUAGUAUUAACUUUGUCUUAUUGUUUAUUUGGUCCACAUUUGUUUUCUGUUUUAAUUAAUAUUGAGAUUUCAUUUUAUGUAAUGAUCUUUCUAAUGUGAUUAGAAAUUCUCUUCCUCUUAUAUAUAUAUAUAUAUA